UUGUUUACUGGAGCACACAUCCUGACAGCUGAUUUGAGGAGAGAAGACGUGUACUUUUCUGCAGGUCCGCAUUUCGAGUGUUCAUGCGCCUUUUUUUCCGUUCACAACCUCAUAUUUUAUUGACGUUGUUGAGUUUUCUUGGUUUUCCUGAUGGCGACCGUGGAGGAGCUGAAGCUGAGGGUCAGAGAGCUGGAGAACGAGCUGAUAAAGUGCAAGCAGAAGCAGUGUGCGAUGGAAGAGGCUCACAGUCAGGCAGCAAACAGACCCAGAAUAGACAAAAUGAGCGCCGAAGUUGUGGAUUCCAACCCGUACAGUCGUCUCAUGGCUUUAAAGAGGAUGGGAAUCGUGGAUGAUUAUGAGAAAAUCCGGACGUUCACAGUAGCUGUAGUUGGUGUUGGGGGCGUUGGCAGUGUGACCGCCGAAAUGCUCACUAGAUGUGGCAUUGGUAAGCUGCUCCUCUUUGACUACGAUAAAGUGGAGCUGGCCAAUAUGAACCGUCUGUUCUUCCAGCCUCACCAGGCAGGCCUCAGUAAAGUGGAAGCAGCAGAACACACGCUCAGAAACAUCAAUCCAGACGUGUCCUUUGAAACCCAUAACUACAACAUCACCACUAUGGAAAAUUUUACGCAUUUCAUGGAUCGCAUCAGUCAAGGAGGGCUGGAAGAGGGGAAGCCAGUGGAUUUGGUCCUGAGCUGUGUGGACAACUUUGAAGCCAGAAUGGCCAUUAAUACAGCCUGUAAUGAACUAGGUCAGAUCUGGAUGGAGUCUGGAGUCAGUGAGAACGCUGUAUCGGGUCACAUCCAGCUCAUCAUUCCCGGAGAGACGGCUUGUUUUGCUUGUGCUCCUCCACUGGUUGUGGCCGCUAACAUCGAUGAGAAGACCCUAAAGCGGGAGGGUGUCUGUGCUGCCAGCUUACCAACAACAAUGGGGGUGGUGGCAGGUUUACUGGUGCAAAAUGUCCUCAAAUACCUGCUGAAGUUUGGUACCGUCAGUUAUUAUCUCGGCUACAACGCCAUGCAGGACUUCUUCCCUUCCAUGGCCAUGAAAGCCAACCCCCAGUGUAACGACCGCCACUGCAGGAGACAACAGGAGGAGUACAAGAAGAAAGAAGCUGAGCGACCAAAGGUGGAAGUCGUAGAGGAAGAGGAGGAGGUCGUACAUGAGGACAAUGAAUGGGGCAUUGAACUGGUAUCUGAGGUGACUGAUGCAGAGUUACAGGCCGCAUCCGGUGCAGUUCCUGACCUCCCAGAAGGCAUCACUGUGGCUUAUACCAUUCCAGCUGAGGAACCAGCAAGUGGAGAUACAGUGGAGGACACCGAACAGAGCCUAGAGGACUUAAUGGCUCAGAUGCGAAAGUUGUAGGAGACAAUCUGCAUUUCUGCUAUUCAGUUUCAACAUAUAUUUUCUUGACCCAUACUUUAAGUUAUAACAUCCUCAUAAAAAGGCCACUUAAUGAAACAUCACAGAAUGACUAAUUCUAACAGCUGAAGAAAAGGAAUGCAUGAAAAGUGCUGCUAAUAGCAUGUAACACACAAAAAUAGUCAAAAAGUCAAAUGUGUAAUUUGCUGACUGACAUACUGGGAAAGUGUGUAGCACUUGGAAUAGAAGGAGUUUCUAAUGAAAUGUCGAGAAACCUAGAUAAAUAUCACGGUUACUGUCUUAAUUACUGUGCUUUCUAAGGUUCUGAUUCGUGAAUGAGAGUCCCAACUUUUCAAUUAUGUGCUUUGUCAUUCACUCGGCUUUAAGAAAAUAUCGGCUGCAACAUUACAGAACAAUGUUUAAGUUGUCUCAAUAAAGUAUUUAUUAGAUGGCAUACAA